GAAUUGCUAAUGCCGCUUGACUUUGCACAGAGUUGAUAUUAUGCCACCGAAGAAAAAUAAAAGUAAAAACUUAGUCAGGAAACCGACAAAGGUCGAGAAAUUAACACCAAAAGAAGCUAUUCUUGAUUACCAAAUAGGUAACCUCCGGGAUUUGCUUUCCAGGCUGAAGUUCAAGAGAGAAACGCUUAAAAAUAUGCUUAUGGAAAAGUUACAGACUCUCAACACACUUAAUCUGGAAGGCGAUAAAGUGCUCAAAGAAACUUUAAUAAAAGCUUCAAAAUUUUCAACAUCUGAUUACGCUACUGUGUCAGGUGAUGACGUGAAAAAAUACUUGCUAGAAACGUGGAAGAUAAGAGAUUUGGAGGAAAAUGAAGUCAGAAAAAUUCAAGAUGAAAUUAAGUCAACACAUAAUCUCACAAAAGAUGUUGUGUUGGAGCUCAGACAAUGGCAAACGUAUUCUGAUGUGACGAAGAAAUCAAAUGAAAUACGUAUUCAAAUGUUAGAAACAGAGUAUACUAAUAUGAAGCAACAUUUCGAAUCAAUGGUAGAAUAUUUGACCGAAGAGGAAAACCGAUGUUAUUCGAAUGCUCAAACAACUAUUGAGUGUUCUUCGGAGCACAUUAGAAGCUCAGCAAUUGAAAAUGCUAUCGACACAUUAAACAAAUUAUUUUCUCAACAAAUGCUCCAAAACAAAUGGCUGAGAACUGAAAAAAAAUCACUUGACGAAAAGAUGGAACUCAUCAUGAGUGAAAUCGGGAAUCUUCAGUGCGAAAACAUAGCUGCUAAAGAAAACAUUUUCCGUGUUAACUUAACACAUAUGUUGAUACCUUUAUCUUUCUGCGAUAUUCAGGUUACUGACGCAGAUGAUUUACAUAAAAGUACUAUUCUCGACCUAAAACUAGACCAGGAUAUGUUUGGUAUUAAAAGUCAAACAGCCUUGAAAAAUUGUGAAAACAAAACCUGCCAAGAUAGAAAGCACCUAAAUACUAUAAACGAAAAAAUACUUUCUUCUAUCUGUAAUCCUGAACUAAAGAUUCUUCAUGAAUUAAACGAAGAUGAGACAUCAAAUCAAAUUACCGAAGCAGAAAGUCUUGCAGCCUUAGGACCACUUGAAAAACAUGCUUGUUUCCUCCAAGGUCUUCCCGCUAAGAUCGGUCAGCAGAGUAACUUAUGUUCAGCUGAGCUUCAAGCCCAACUCAAGUUUAACCCAGAACUCAGCAACUGGCCUGUGAACAGAGACAUGUUUCUUAAAUAUCUGUCGGAUCACAAAUAAUAAUUUGAACGUUGUUGUAGAAUUCCAUGAUUUCCUAAGUAAAGGUAAGUAGUCAUCCCUUUAGAUGAAUAAAUAUUGUUCAAAUAUAUUAUCGGCAUGAACAGUUAAUCCAUAGUCACUUGGAGCAUAAAUUAGCACUACUGUAUGAAAUGCACUGUAAAGACAUUUCAAAUAUUUGGACCACAUAACAAGCUUUCGGUAAAAACUGUCUUAUUUACUUUGUUUUUGUUUAUAACUUUACUUUUUGUCUUCAUGCUAAUUGUUGUCACUGUUUUGCAUUACCCUCACUAAGUAAAAGCUAACCAUAAAAUCGCUGAGACAUUUUUCACAGGCUUGUGUAAACUAGUGCUUAAAUUUUAAGCUGAUUCCGACUUUAGGUUGCAGUCCUUUACAUUUUUAUUUACGUGCACCUUCCCUCUGAUGCUAAAACCUUUAUAGCAUCAAUUACCUAGCCACCGUUUUAGCUUUUAGCAUUCAUGAAUUUUGUUUACUCGUGUUCGUAAAUCUACUCUUUCAACACCAAUCCUACAACAUGCUUAUAUGUGAGCACUUGUUCACCUUUAAAAGACGACAGCAAUCCUUUUUAAAUCAGCUGUAACCAACCCGAGACUUAAAAUAAAUUUCGGAUGACCAUGUUUAUAACAUAAUAUCAACUUAGAAAGAUAAAAUAAAUAAAGUGAAUAUAAAAAGGAUGUGAAAUAAACAUAAUAGUAUAACAAUAGGAGAAAUAAACGAAUAAAAUAUAGUUUAAGAAGGGAAUAAAAUGUAUGUAAUGUUAGUACUCCAAAAAGAUGGGGGGAUAAAAAACAAACUUACCAGCCUCAUCCCAACUGAUUUUAAGCCAUACCACCUAAGGUUCACAACCACUGAUGAAAACUCUUAUGUUGACUUUAACCUGGUCGUUUGUACUGACAACAGUAGUUUAGAAUAACAGUCAGAAACGCAAUAGAACAGUUCACAUCUUAAAUGAGCCCUUCCGAUCUUUUCUUUGACUGAACUAUUCUUCAAAGUUAGUGUUUUGUUUGUAAAUGUGUAAUUGAUAAAAGAGCAUGUACAAUAUACUUCGGUUUAUUUAAUUAUAAUUUUUUGAUCUCUUUAUCCAUAAAUAAUAUAUACACAAUCCUAAAUAAUUCGUUGUUAUUGAGUAAAGAUGUAAGUAGUAUCUUAUCUCAUCGGUCAGCAGUAAUUAUAAAUGAUAACUUUGAAAGCCGAUUUGAUUAACAGAAACUAUCCAGAAGAGUAAUAAAUACAAUUGAAAACAGUGAGCUAAUGGUUGAUGUUACUAGAUAUAUUAUGCCAAGCUGAAGGACAAAAAAUUGAAUAACACUUAAUCAUUUCCAAAUGACUAACAGAUAAAACAUGCCCUAAUGUAAUCUGAGCACCGGAUAUCAACAGGAUAUAUCAUUUUGUUGAUUGUAUGAAUAUUUUAAGCAAGUCUUAAUUUUUACAUCGUAAAAACAGAUUAUAGUAUCACAUGAUAAAACGUCUUUCUACUUCACAAUCAAGCAAACUAAUUUUAAGAAACGUUUAUUUCGCUUUGCUUCUCUUGUUCACACGACAAGCCUCAAUCAAGCCUGUUACUUAGAAGCGUUUCAACCCGACUUGAAAACCAGGAUUUUGAAAAUCUCGUGCUCAAUAAGAGUGGAUCAUUGUAAUGUCUCACGCAUUUUCACCAAAAGAAACUUAUACCGUAAGCAAGACUAUUAGUUUUCAAAAGACUGAAAGAUAUAAUCAGAACGUAC